GACAAGGAGCAAUGUCAAGAUGGUCGUGUUAUGGAUGACAUUGCUUUUUCUUCAUCAAGGAUAUUCUCCGGUUCCAGUGAAAACAGUUAAGUUCGGUGAAGCAGCAACUUUAACAUGUGCUAUACCCGAAGAGUUCAUCAAUAGAGUCCACUGGUACAAGCAGAGUGUUGGGGAUACGCUUAAAUUCAUUGUGACACUGUAUGGAACUACAUCACCUCAGUUUGCUUCAGAGUUUAAUAAAUCAAGAUUUGGGGCACAAAUUGGUGCAAACUUUAGCAGCCUGACCAUUUUGAAGACUGUCCACGAAGAUGAGGGAAUCUAUCACUGUGGAAUAGACAACUGGAUUAAUAUUAAAUGGAAUGGAACAUAUUUGUUGAUAAAAGGAAACACUCAAAGGAUAUCAAACUAUACCGUGGUCCAGCAGCCAGUAGAAUCAAAUCCUGUCCGUCCAGGAGACACAGCAGAUCUCCAGUGUUCAGUCUUCUCUGACUCUGAGAACGAGAGAUGUCCAGGAGAUCAUAAUGUGUUCUGGUUCAGAGCUGGAUCUCAUCCAAACAUCAUCUACACUGAUGGAAACAGUACGAAUCAAUGUGAGAAAAGAGCUCAGACUCAGCAGAAAAGAUGUGUUUAUCGCUUCUCUAAGAACAUCAGCUCCUCUGACAGUGGAACCUCUUACUGUGCUGUGGCCACAUGUGGAGAGAUAAUAUUUGGAAAUGGAACUACACUGGAUAUUCAAGAAAGCAGCGCAUGGUCACAAAUGGCAAGUACACUGUUUUUUCUGCCGUGCCGUGUCUUGGUUCUGAUUGUUAUUGCUGUCCUCAUUUACACGAUUAGGGAAAACAACAGUGAUCAUAACAAAGCUCUUGCCCUCCAGAAAAGAGAACAGAAUAAGGACACAGGGAUGUUUUCUGCUGUUGUCUUUACUAUGAUGAACGCUGAUGCAAAAAAUGAUGCAAAGGCCAUGGAGAAAAGGCAGAUCUAUACAGUUCUCAAGGCUUUUGGGCUGGAUUAGGUCUACCUACCAUUCCUUGUAGUGUCAGCCCACAAAAUUGACUGAAACCAGUUUGUGAAUGGAAGCAUACAGAGAGAACCAAGGGCAGCCUAAAGAAAUCUGAAGAAAACUUCUAUGGAUUCUGAU